UAAUAAUACGCUAAGUGUGUCUGUCUGUCACUUUUGCAAAGUGGAUAAAAUUUCUUUGAUAAAAUCUAUAAAACAUCGCCUAUUUGUUCUGUAAAUUAGCAAACUUUGACGUUAAAGCAAUAUUGACGUCAAAGGAAAGUAUAUUAAGAUUAGUGAAGCCAUUGCAUUGCACUUUUAAAUUUAAGGCUUAAUAACUUGGAAACGGGUGGAAAUAACUGACGUCAUCUCCUGUGUGGGUAACUAGGGACUAACUGGGACCAAUUUGGGUAGGUUUCCCAAACCUAGGUCAGGGAAUCCGUUUCGGAAUGGACAGGUUAAUGACGUCAUCAAAAAACCUUUAAACCCUAAUAUCUCUGCACCUGUUUGUCAAAAGUACACGAUCCUAUACAUUUUCUUGAUCAGCGUUUCAAGAUCUAUACGAUGAAGGCAACAGGCAUACAAAUUUCUGAAAAAAUUUUUUCGGUGUUCUGACAGGUCUCUGCUGACGUCAGCAAAAUUUAAAUGACGGUUGUUUUUCUCUGUUAUCCUGCCUAAGUGGAUUUUUCCACGGGCCUUAUUGACUAGUCUCUUAUAAUAAUACGCUAAGUGUGUCUGUCUGUCACUUUUGCAAACACGAUAUUUUUUACCACCCGAAUGCGCGAGUUUUUCGAGUUUUUUUGUUUUGUUUACAUUUGUCUCGCAACCGUUAGAAACCACGUGAUAGAAAAUAAGCAGUAUGAUUCGUUCAAAUACGUACUUUCGAACGGGACGGCAUUCGAAUAAAAAGUUCCGUUAGCGUAAAAACAAACAAACAUAAAAAUUUCUCGACAAAGUUCUCGACACAAAAGGCGAACUGAAGAAGCGGUUUAAAAAUGUCUUAUUUUCGACGAUCCCUUAGUCACAAAAAAGUGCAGAUAUUAAAAGCAAGAAAAGUAAAAGUGGAGAAGUAGAAGUACAAAAGUAAAGUUAGAAGCCACGAGAAGUUACUUCGAAAGUGAAGAGUGCAGCUAGAAGUAGUAAAGAAAAGUUAGAAGUAGAAAAUAAAAGCUUGGGUUUAAAGUCGAUUUGGAUUCACAUAUAGUAAGAAGUUUGAUAUUUUUAGACGUUAUGUUUUUAUGUCGCUAGAGUUACGUGUCAGGCAGACUCGCAUUUGCCAGGAAAAAGUCACUUAAAAGCUUCAAAUUCUUUAAGUUUUAUGUUUUACCGCGUUUUUUAUAAAAAAGCUAGCAUUUACUGUUUUUUGCAUAAUUAAUGUAUCCCCCGGUGCGUAACUAAUGUAUUUGUCCUAAAAUUCAAAAUGCUGCAUAAAGCUGUUAGCUGGCUACCAAACAAAUGUGCCAGCGAAAUAGAAAGUUUUGGUUUGUUGAACUAACUGCAAAUGUCAUAAUUUUUACAUUGCUAUUGUUUUCCUUUAUAUAUGUUUUACUAAGCAUAAACAGCUAGCUAUAGACUUAGCUAAGUCUCCCCAGCUUAAGUAUAUUUAACUGGGUGUCUUAGGUACUGUUUUGUUAGCUGGCUAGCUAAUGUUAGCUUCAAGGCUCCAUCCCAUAGCUAGCUUUAAUCUAUGAGUUUUGUCGUUAUUCCUCUUUUUUUAUGUAUUUAUAGCUACCUUAGUACUCAAACUUCUCUUCUUUUUUGAACACGAAUUAUGAUGUAACAACAAGCUAUAGCUACAAAAUCUUUCUUGAACUUUAUAGGAUACUGUGACACAUUUUUAUGCCCAUAGAGAAUAAUUUUUUCACAUUUCCUGUAAACUUUACAAGGGGACCACAAUAUGACAAGUGGAACAAAUUUUAUAGAAUUUAAAGUGUGUGUAUUAAGUUAUUUUUUAUUGUUUUGUUUCCUCAUCCUGUUAAACUUUUGUCAGCCUACAUGUAAAAUGCCAGGUUUUUUUACAAGGGUUUUUGACAUUUGAUUGGAAAUUUAUAUAUACAUGGGGUUAUGACUUUGGGUUAAAAACAUUUUUGAGCGGAUGGUAUGGUUGUCAGUUUAUAUUGUUCGUGUUGCAAAAUGCUGUUUUUUUGAAAUUUUGUGUAAACUUUUGUGGAAAUAGACCACAUGCAAUAUAUAUACUGAAAGAACAAAUCUUUGUAGAAUCAGACUUCACUGUAAGCUGUUGUAAAGCUGAUGUCUUUAUCGGUAAAAAUAACAGCCAUAUUUUACUAAUUAAGAAAAAAUAAAACGAGUUUGAAAGUUAAAAAGUAUUUAUUUGUUAAGCUUUUCAUACACUAAGUACAUCUUCAGACUAUAUAAACAACUUUGUCUUUAUAUUUCGUAUUAUAAAUUAUUGUUUGGGAGAACUAACUGUAUGUGAUGUAAUUUUUGCUGGAAGAAAAUUCCAUGGUUUUACGUUUUUGUUUUUCUUGAGAAUUUUACAAAAUUUUGUAGGGAUAAAUGUUUGCUGAUAAUAAAAAAUUAUAUACUUAAUGUUCUGACUGAAACUGUUUUUGUUUUUUGUAUUUUGUAAUCUAAACGCGAGGACUGUAUGCACUGAAAUCACUGAUUUUUUUAAAUUUUGAUGUGUUUCAUAACCUUUUUGUAGAAGAUUAAUGGGCAAUGGCAAUAUACGACAUGCUGAAUGAACUUAUUUUUGUUGAUUUAGAUGUGUUUCUCAAAAACCGAUCUGUUUUACAUUUUGUGUAAACUUUUGUUUACGAACCAUAUACAAUGUUUCCAAAAUAAUGAUCUUUGUUGAUUCAAGCUCAUUCUUUGCUCAUUGAUUUUUUGACAUUUAGGUUUAAAAUUGUUGGUAAAGGGCAGUACGGAACUAAAAAGGAUAAUUUUUGUGUUCUUAACUGGUUGAUUUUUACAUUUUGUGUAAAUUUUUGUGGGAGAGGAUGGUAUCCAACCGUAAUGACUGAUUUUUCUAGAUUUAAAUUUGAUGUUUUCGAAACUAUGGCUUUUUCAUAUUUUUGUAUAAUCUUUUAAGGGAAAGACAAUAUUUUAAAUGUGUAAAAUAACUUAUAUAUUUGUUGAUUUGCGCUAACUCUUGCAGGCCUCCUUUUUGACAUUUCAGAAUAAAAUACUGAGGGUUUUCAACGUAAUCACUUAAGAUGUACAUAUUUGAGAUGCGUUAUUUCUGAGAUUAUUAUUAUCUAACUGUCGGUGUUCUUACUGUCGGUUUUGUGAGUAUUGGUGUUGUGAGUGUCGAUGUUGUGAGUGUCGUUGUUGUAACUUUUUAUCAACUAUAUUUUACACCUUGCAAACUGUUCUUUUUUACUUUGUGUAAGAUUUGUGUGGAGGAUUUAAUGCGAUUUGACAUUUGAUGUAAGAUUUUAAGAACAUUUUUUUUUGUAUAUGCACUACUGACGUCAGCAACACAUCUAAAGCAACCUAUUUUUCAUUGGCCUUUUGCCUAAGUGGAUUUUUCCACGGGCCUUAUCAACUAUACUGAAAUAUUGCGGUUAGUAUGCCAAACUUUUUAUCAAGAGAUUUACGAUAUAUUAUCUGUAUAAUUUUAAUUGUUUUUUUUUUCUUAGUUCCUGAAACAAGAAAUGAAGUGAACACGGAAGAGGCUGAUGUACCUAAAUCAACCAUGGAGACUGAACAGGAAAAGACUAAUGACAUUGAUAACGAGCUCGAGAUAACCGGACUCCAUCUUACUAGGAUUAUGAGAGCACCUUCUGACAUUACUAUAGAUGAAAUAGAAAUGGAUUCAAACACAAAGGGAGUGUGUUUUAGUGGAGGAACAGCCUAUGAACAAAUGCUUGCAUUAAAGUCAUCAAUUGAGAGCAAAAAAAUUAUCGUAAGCCGAUUUCCAGAAUUUGAAAGCGUGCCACUGACCGACGUUUUGUUAAAGGACGCUCUGCACACCAGUGUAAAUGACGAAAUCAUUUACACAUAUUUGCAGAUACUUACCCGGGAAAGUAAUAAUAAGAGUGUAAAUAUUAUUAACCCAGGAGAGAUGGCCUGGAUGUUCGACGCGUCAACAUCAAAAAUGAAACAGCGUGGUGAUAUAUCAAAAUAUGAUUUAAUUGUUGGUUGCCGCUGUAAUGGAUACCACUGGACGUUCUCGGUCGUCAUUCCAUCUGCUGCAACAAUAAUUUAUUUCAAUCCAAUGGGAGAAUUGUCUAAAGAACUUGUGCAGGUAAUACAGCAAUGGAAUUCUUAUCUUUCUGCUAAUUAUGGAGUUGCCGAAACCUUUCGUGUUGAAAUUGUGCCACAUGCACGACAACAGGAUAGCGUCUCGUGUGGCAUAUUUUGUGUAAAACCUGCAGAAUGCCUGAUAUUAAGUAUCCUACAACAUGGACAAGAGAAAGCGUCCAAAGUUACAGAGAUGAAAUCGUCAAGAACAAUGGUGCAGUAGUAUCUGUAGAGUGUGUGGAAAAGCAGAAGGGCCAAAGGUCCAAGGCAAACCAACUGACUCUUGGUAGGUUUGCUGUGAUAUUUGCUCACCUGCAAGAUGGUAUCACCAGCAGUGCUUACAUCAGUCUCUCAGGAAAGCAUACAGAAAUUUGCAAUUCAAUUGUUCUAUGCUCGAAGUGGCACCUCUCAAACUUAAUUGGACACUGGAACGUAAUGGACAACAUGAAGUAGAUGUAAUAGAAGACAAGGAAAAUAAU